CCUGCACUUAUAUGUAUUGCGGACCUUUGAUUUAAUCUAUUAUGACUUAAAAAGGCUAAUUACUUUUUGUAAGUUAAAAUGGGAGUUCUGUAAUUAUCUAUGUUUCAUUGAAAAUCUGGAGACUGACGUAAUUAAAAUGUGAUAUGAAGCACUGAUGCCUUCACAAACUAAUCUUGCUGCCUUUACAUUUGACCACGUCUUUUAUUACAGACAAUACAGUGACAGAGUCACUGAUCCUUACCCAAUAUCUUUAGUAACACUUUUGCUUCAAUUUUGGAGUGGAGUGAGAGAUACCAGACUGAAUUCAACCAAUCACAGUCUUGGUUUGAAAGUGUCCAAUCACAUCCCAUGCAAGUCUUCUAAAAAGCAUUAUACACAUUCAUUGCUUCAAACAUGAUCAUUUGGGCCAUUCUGAUCUUUUGUGCAACUGGAGGUCGACCUGAUAACAGUAGUGAAAUUGUCUCAUUACGAACAUUCCAGCUGGGAGAUGAUGUUACAUUCAAAUGUUUCCUGACAAAAAACUAUUUUGGCAGCACAAUGGUUUGGUAUAAACAGAGAACUGAUCAGAUUCCUCGUCUUAUUGUAUUAUCAUACAACAUUGGGAGAGAUAUCCAAUUUGAGAAUGAAGUUAAAAACGGGAGAUUCGAUAUUUCAGCAAGUGAAGAUUCUUUUCACCUCAACAUCAAAGCUACAACCAAGGAGGACAUCGGAAAAUACUACUGCGGGACAGUUUUCUUGAAUAAAAUACAAUUUAUUUCUGGAGCACAUCUGAUGCUAAAAGGAACUGAGACCAAACACCUUAAUGUGGGAUGUGAGGAGAAAGAAGUUGUGAAUAGAACCACUUUAAAAAAUACUGAUAACAGUAAUCCAAAAGUAUGGGAUCCUGUGUUACUUUGCUUGAUAUCCUGCAAUGUUGUGUUUGUAAUGGUAAUAAUCAUACUUUUGGUUGAUUAUUAUAAAAACUGGAGAAAAAGGCAAAAAGUUAAAGUUCCACCCAACUUUCAUUACUGGAUGGAGACUUCUCUAAUGCCAGCUCUCAAGAUGUUUGCUCUGCGUGCAUAUAUUCUUAUGUCUUGCAUAUCAUGUGCAUCUAUGAUCCCCAGUGUUUUUCAGCCAAACGUCUCAAUCACAGCAUCUAUGGGUGGUUCGGUCAUCCUGGAAUGUCACACAACCGCCGAUCCAGUUGUGGCCUGGUUUUGGCUGAAACAAAUCCCAGGACGAAAGUUGAACCCUAUAGUUUCCACAUAUUACAAGGAGAUAAAACUUCAAGGAGAAGUUCUCAAUGAAUCAAGACUUCAAUUCAAAGUUGAUGACAAGAAAUCUACAUUAAUAUUCAACAAGAUUAACUCCAGAGAUGCUGCCUAUUAUCACUGUGGUGUGCUACUGUAUGAGAAGCUGUACUUUGGAGGGGGAACUUAUCUGACAGUUGAUGAUGCAAAGCCGGUUAAAAUAAUUCAGCAUCCUGUUUUGGACUCACAUCAUGUAGGAGACUCAGUGACUCUUCAUUGUUCAAUAUUUGGUGAGAGUUGUUCGGGAGGGCAGAGUGUCUACUGGCUAAGAUACAAACCAAGAGAGUCCCAUCCAGGAAUCAUUUACGCUGAUGGAGAUAGAAAGGAUCAGUGUGAGACGAUCUCUGUGACUGGAUCAACUGUACAGAGCUGUGUGCACAAAGUCCCCAAAAGCCUCGCCAGUGAUGAAACGUACUUUUGCAGCGUGGUCACAUGUGGAAAGCUAAUCGUUGGAAAUGGAACUAAAUUGAUAGCUGAUGUUGCUCUCCAGAAAACAAUGGCUUAUAUCAUCACACUGCUUUCUGCUGUAUUAGUGAUAUCACUGAUAGUGAAUAUAAUCAUGGCGCUGUUAUGGAGAAGAUCUACACACAGAGGUGUUGACCAUGUACAGUCUACAGCCCAGGCUGCAGACAUAGACUCGGAAAAUUAUGCAUCGCUGCAGUUCUCUCCACACCAGCCUAUACGAAAAAUGAAAAGCCGUGAAGAGGCAGCCUCUGUCGUCUAUGCAUCUGUCCGUCAAACAAGAAACAUAAAACAAGGAUCUCCUCAUUCUUAAUGCUUGUCAAGUUUUUUUUUUGGCUAUUAAUUUUUUAAAAGGACUAUCACAUUACGUGGUCUCAUAUGAGCAUUGGAACAUUCAGUUGCAAGACAAUGUACUCAUUUUUUUUUUUAUUGAUUAAAAUUUAUUUUACUAUUUUAAACGUUUAAAGUUGACAAAGUGAUGGGGGCAAAUGUCUGUUACUGUCUUUUGUAGAUUUUUUUUAAUGUUGUUGUAAAGGGCAAUAGGAGUGUGUGGUCAUCAUGUUAUUCAGUGUCUAAAUUUUACACAUUAAAACAUGGAGAAAAAAAUCUUUGUGUGUUUACAAUAACUUACCAUGAAAUUCAGCACCAUGGAGAGGGGCAACAUUUUGUA